AUGCAGUCGCUUCUCGCUCUUGGCCUUGCAGCCCUCGCCACCGCUUCUCCUCUCCCGACAUUCUCAGAGGGUUUCAAGCUGCAGAUCCUACUCGACCACCCCUCGCAAGACUUUACGCCGCCCAUCCACAACAAGUACGUCGUCGGCGUGCCCAUUGGCGCGGGCUGGGCCAUGGUGACGCCGGCUCCGCACCACACCGAGUAUGCCACCUUUCACACCAACGGCACCGACGCGGACCUGUGGGCGGCGCGGGGCACCGUGGUGGCGGGAUUCGGCCGGUACGCGCAGAGCUGGCGGACGGAGCGCAGCGCCGACGACGACGGCGCGAACUUGUGGAGCGCGAUGCUGCGGUAUGGCGGGGCACCCGGCACCGAGGGCGUGCGCGUCAUUGACCAGAGGGGGGAUCUGAUGCUGGGCCCCGGCCAGUACAUGGUGUGCGAUCGCAGGCUGCCGUACGGGCUGGCGGUGGAGUUGACGACGGGCGGCGCGGCGGUGCCCAGGGAGUGCGUGGCGGUGAGGCUGCUGCCCGUGUGCACGGAGCUGCAGGGGCCGGCGGAUCCGGAGGAGCGACAGGGGCAGACUGUGAGCCGCACGCGCUGCAAGAACAACUAA